AUGGCAAGUAGAAAACUAUGUGAUAAUAUAGUGGUUCCAAUAAUUCGUCGACAUGUUUCUACAACACAACAAGCCGCUACAACACGAGCAACACUUCGAUCAUUUCUUAUUCGUUUUAUGGCAGAUCGUCGUAGAAAAACUCAACAAGAUGAUAUUCGACUUGAACCAUACAUGUCAAAAGGUGUUUAUACAGAAUCCGGUGCAAUUCGACCAAUGCCUAAACGAUAUCCUCUUGGUAUAAUGAAAGUUCUAUUUAUUGCAAUUCCAUUUCUUUAUCUUGGUUCACUUGUAAGCAAAUAUGGAGCAUUGGGUCUUGAAAAAAUGGAUUUAUUUGUAUACAGUGACGAUGAUGAUGAUGAUUAA